AUGACACCGAUAUGGGUCCAAUCACACAAGGAAAUGGAGUUCACGCCCGACACUACUCUUCGAUCAAAACGGCAUUCCUUGGCCGUGGUGGAUGAGGCAGCAAAAGCUAGCCACCUCAUCAAUAUGCAGGCGUCUUACUCGAGGUGGAUAGAAUAUGAUGACUUCAUGCUCAUUGAUGAAGAAGGUGCACUUGUCUUUGGUAACACGCUAGCGUAUCUACUAAAGCGAGUCCACGGGGACCAACGACGCCGCUGGUUUUCGCGUCAACAGGAAAAAGAUGAAUCGCACCACACACUCGCACAGGACGAAGUGGCCAUGAUCGCGGAUUCUCAGUGGUCGGAGGCGUUAAGACGAUUCUACUGGAGGGCCCGAGCAAAUGUGCUUCACACCAAUGCUAUCAAGCACAGAUACGAUCCGAGAUGGUCUGCUGCUUGUAGUAGUUGUGGUAAUGGGAUAACAGACACCCAACACCACCGUUUUGGGCUCACGACACCAAUCUGUCACGACGUCAGCGUGCUCAACGACAUGCUCACUGAAUUGUUUUAUGAGAUAGACUGUGAAGAGUGGCUUCCAGACCAGUGCGUUUUCAUACCCGCCAUAGCGCACCAGCUUGCAACCGAAACAGGGUCUGACCAACGCAGCGGAUGGUUAUCAACGGAACCGGGCAAGGUGUUGUGGUCUCCAAUGGUGAAAAUUGUGAAUGGACUGUGGGUGAAUGCGCAAUGGUUGGACUGGUUUGGAGACCCACGAGUUCUCUGUCUUGACUCUCAGUUUGCUAGCGUUGUGGAACGAGAACUCAGCCACAUUGGCCGACCAAGAUGCAUACUCCCCGCUGAAUUCGCUGACGUGGUCCAACGUUAUCACACGACAGUGGGCUUCUUCCGGGCAUACAUUACUCAAUGGAUACUUGGAUGA